GAUAUUCGUUGUGAAUGACACUUUUCAAACACAGCCGCCAGCAGGUGUUGAAAUUUUUGGCGUCGCCUUGCUUGCAUUUUUUACAGUGGUAAAAUCUAAAAUAAAAUGUUUACGCCGCGACAAAAGAACCAAACUCGAUGUGUGGGCCUGUCCCCACAUACACCGCUGAGCUUUAGCCGUGAACUUCGGCAGGUUUUGCAGGAGCGGAAUUUGUUGACGGCUAAAUCGCGUAAGAAGGUCUGCUCCAUGCUGGACAGUAACUCGAGCAGCCCUAUUGGCUCGCCUAAUCCGGAAUCUGGUAAGCGGUUGGGCUUUCGUCUCCAGGCCGUACAGGAGAUCAUCUCCUCAGAGAAGUCGUAUCUGGAGCACCUGGAGCUGCUGAUGCAGUUCUUUGUGCGACCACUGAAGGAGCAGGCCAUCAUUGACGCCUCCAAUCAUACGGCGCUCUUUGGUCAGAUCGAGAUGAUACACAACUUAAAUGGCGAGUUCCUGCGCGAGUUGGAAGCCAAUAUGGAGAAUGUGGCUCAGGCGUUUUUAAAGAUGGCACCCUUUUUCAAACUGUACUCGGUGUAUGCUUUCGAUUACCGUGGCGCAUUGUUCAUACUCCAGGAUCUGAUUAGCAAGAAUCCCGUUUUUCGCAAAUUUCUGGAGGAAACUGAGAGUCGACCGGAGGUGCAACGUAAGCUAAACUCGCUGAUGAUUGUGCCAAUACAGCGCGUGCCACGCUACAAGCUAUUGUUAGAGCAGGUGUUGCUCUACACGAGUCCAGCUGAUGCGGACUACAAGCUGCUCAAAGAAUCCGUCAAGGAGAUUGAGGCCACGGCUGCGCAUAUCAAUUCUUGCGUAGAGGAGCAGGAGAUUACCCAGUACUUGAUUCAUUUGCAGAACUCUUUGCUGAAUCGCACACCUAACAUUGUGAAGCCGUCAAGACGUGUUAUCAAGGAGGGCAUGCUCUUCAAGAUCACCCAUAAGGGGCAGCAAAUCAAACGCUAUUGCGUUCUGAUGUCGGACAUCUUUAUGUAUUGCAAGGUGCUCAAGGAGCGUUCACCCAACACACAAGUGGAGAACUCAUUAGAGUGCUGCUGCAUUUUUCCGUUAAAGAAAUGCAAAGUCUACGAGAUGCUACCAGGCAAUUUCAAGUUAACUUGCCAGAGUGAUGGUAUCAUAUUUGGCACCGAUGAUCUUCAGCUGUCGCGCACCUGGGUGGGAUUCAUUCGCGAUGCCAUCGAUCUGCAUGUCCAGUGUCGCAAGACCUUGCGUAAGGACUCCAGCAAACGGACUCCCAUACGCAAGAAGGACAUGAAGAAGUUUGGAGCCGAUUAUGUACUGAGUCCAAACAAGCGCAAAUGCGACUAUGAGACUGUGUUUCGCAACAAGAAUCGCUCCACGGACUCCGAAGAGGAGGCUGAUGUCUCGGCCAGCGUGGAAAGUGCUUGCUUUCAACGCAAGCGCAAGUUGCCCAGUGCGACACUUCGCACAAAACCUCAGGUGACCAUUAAGCGUCCUGCGCCGCCACCACCAAACGUGCAGAUGCGCCGCCCAAUAAACUUGACAGAGCAGCAGCAGCAACAGAUGUCGUCCAGCAAGGAGAACCGGAUCUCCAAAUUAUACAAAAUGAUUUCCACUGGGGAUAAGGUGACCAAUGUGCGCAGCAUUUUGAAGCGCAGUAAGCCUACAAUGAGCACACCCAAUGAUCCGGAUCCAAGCUAUGGUUUUGCCAGUCGUUAUUCUGAUAGCAAAUCGUAUAUUCGGGCGCACAAUGUUGACAACACUAUACCCACAGCUAUUAAGCGAGAAGAUAUCUUUGAUGCCGAAUUGGGCGAUGGUAAUUUUCGGGAUGUGCUCUUCCCUUUGCGGUCUAGUGGCGGUAGCCAGAAAAGCACUGGCGGCGGCUGGACAACACCAGCACCUGACCGCGAGGAUUUACCACCUCAAAAGAAAAGGGUAAAGUUCGAUGAUACGCUAGAGGCGUAUGAACAAAAGGCAUUUGUAUUUCCAAGCACCAGUAGCUGCGCCAGUGAGGGCGACGCUGUCGUAAAGGCCACAUCGCUGCGUGAGCGUAUUUACGACUUUUUUGCCAAUCUUUUUUUAGAGUUAAUACAGAGUUAAUGUAUCAGCAUCAUGUCAAUUUAUUUAUACACUCAUUUAUUCACACAAUAAAAUCAUUU